AUGGCAGCGACAUAUGCUGGGCCACCGCUAGCAAACGGUCUCCAGCCCCUAUCUUGUCUACGCUGCGCGCACCGCAAGCCCAAAACAGAGAAACGCCAGCGCAGAAAGGUAGCCGUCGCAUCGCCGUCAUCACGGAACAAGCUGCGCCUGGGAUGUGACCGGUAUAAGGAUGUCAAGGCUCUGAGUGUGGAUGUCGAUACCAUCCCAGACACUUUACAGGGCACCAUCACUCAUUCUCCUCGCCGGAACAAGACCCCGCUACGGGAAACAGUGGACGCUGCUGCUGCCCCCAAUGGCCAACUGAUUGUCAUGGGAAAGCGGAGUCGUUACGUCGAGGGCGAUCUGUGGACUAGGAUAGUGCAAGAGCUAAAUACCGGGGACAUAUUUCCAGAUUCAUCCUCUGACGAAGAGGAUGAUGAAGAGGUCGCAUCUGACACAAGCGCUGGGUACAAGGCAAGCGCGCUUGCUCUCCGUCUCUCGCCACAAACUCCUCCUAUAGCAUCGUACUACCCGACCAAGCAGCAUUUUCGCAUAUUGUGGCCGAUAUACCUGUCCAACAUCCACCCCGUCACAAUGAUCUUGCAUGCGCCCUCUACGGGCGAGAUACUGACAAAAGCCGUUGAGGGUCACGGACACACGUCGAAAAAUGCAGAGUCACUGAUUCUCGCGAUCUUGAUGUGUGCCCUCACAUCUAUAACAGAUGCCGAAUGCACGCGAUUACUGGGACAGGAGAAAGCGGUCCUUCUAUCGAGAUAUCGUCGAGGCUGUGAGAUAGCAUUGGACAAAGCCAAUUACCUCAUGUCCUGCAACAUAGGUGUGCUCCAAGCUUACACCCUUUACCUGGUGGCUAUUGGCCCGUAUGUAGAUCCUUGCGAACUCUGGAAUCUGACGGGAAUCGCCAAGAGGAACGCUCAAAGACUGGGUCUACAACAGGAGGUGCCAGCGGCAGGCCUGACACCAUUUGAGGUUGAGAUGCGUCGGAGGUUGUGGUCUCAGAUCGUCAUGCAUGAUACUAUCUCUGCCCAGAAUGCAGGUUUCCACUGGUCGGAUAUCGACUGCAACAUAAUCGCGCCGAGUAAUGUCAACGACGUGGAUUUAUCCCUUAGCAUGAAGCAUUCACCAGCGCAGCGUGCUGGGGCAACUGACAUGAUAUUCUGCAACCUGCGCCACAAAGUGAUGAAGUUUAUGGGCCAAGUCAAUGGUGGCCAACGGCCAUGGGCUCUUGCAGCGGGAGAAAAGUGGACUUCUGCUACCGACCAAUUGUACCGCAUGGAGCGGGAGAAGGCAGUAGCAGAGAUGGAGGAGGAACUGGAGUUGGAAUUCCUUCGUUAUUGCGACAUGUUGAAGCCGGUCCAUUUCCUCACGGUCAUCGUAGCACGUUUGUCACUGUGCAAGCUGCGUUAUGCAAUAUUGGCGCCAUGUCAGCACGGCAAAAACGGAUCCGACUGCACUGGAAAAGACAGGGAUGCCAUGUUCACUGCGGCAUUGAAGGUCCUCGAGUACGAAAAUAACGCCAGUAGCCAACCAUCUAUCCAGUGCUUCCUGUGGCAUACACACCAACACUUUACAUGGUCCUGUCUCAUAGACAUCCUGGAAAUUUUGAAAACACAACCUCGUAACGAGCAAGUCGACAAGGCGUGGGAACAGAUCCACAUGUUCUACGACGUCUGCCCCAACCUCCCUCAGAAUUCAAGGUCCACUCCCCCUCUAUACAGAGUAGUUAACAAGAUGGUCGUCGAGGCAUGGCGGGUCCGGGAGACUGAGGCUUCAGAACGAGGCGAGGUGUUAGUAUCCCCAAAGUACAUCACGACACUGAGAGAACAAGAUCAUGGCACCAAAGCCACAACCCAAGCAGAAGAUUUGCAGCGCUCCUCAACCUCCAGUGUCUCACAUACAAUCAGAGAUCAGCUGACGAAUCAGGAACCGCUCUUGGUGAGCGGCGGUUUCGGACAGGGGUCAACCAGUUGGCCCAAUUGGGCCGAUCUAAGCAUCGCAGGCUCGCGUCUGACAGGCAACGAUAUGAACUUAUUGGACCCAGCACUCGGCCAGGGGGGUCAUACGUCGUUAGUUGGUCACAACUACAAUCUCCAGCUUCCGCAGAACCCCAUACUGCCUCUGGAUCAAUAUGUAGCAUGCGGAUGGGGCGGUACAUGA